CGGGAAGAAGGUCAAACAUUGUGUGCGUAAUGUCACAUUGACGGUAGCCGUGGAGGCUGACGUCGAGGUUCCAUGUGAGGUGGUGUGACAGCUCCAGGUGGAAGCUGUGAAGCAAGCAGCAGAGUGUUGCAGUAAGGAAAUGCAUCUUAUUAAAUUAAGCUAAAGGAAAUAAAGAAGAAAUCAUGUUGGCAGUUUUGAAGACCCUUUCUGGGAAGUCCAUCGGGACAUACACUUUGUAUACAGAGUGUCUAGAGUGUUUUAAACGAAGACUUGCGCCAAACUCAAGACCCAAGUAUCGCUAUGAACUUCAAAGGCACUACAGCUUCCCGUCAGAAGAUGUCAAGUCUCUACGGAGUAUUAUCAGCCCUCCAGUAUCCAGAAUCAGAAACAUUGGAAUCAUGGCUCAUAUCGAUGCAGGAAAGACCACAACUACCGAGAGAAUGCUUUAUUAUUCUGGCUACACCAGAGCCCUUGGAGAUGUGGAUGACGGUGACACAGUGACCGAUUUUAUGGCUCAGGAAAGAGAGCGUGGAAUCACCAUACAGUCAGCCGCCGUCACAUUCGACUGGAAUGGCCACAGAAUCAACUUGAUUGACACUCCAGGACAUGUGGAUUUUACGCUGGAGGUGGAGCGCUCACUGAGGGUGCUUGAUGGCGCAGUAGCAGUUUUUGAUGCUUCUGCUGGAGUGGAGGCGCAGACGCUGACCGUGUGGAGACAGGCAGACAAACAUUCCAUACCACGCCUCUGCUUCUUAAAUAAGAUGGAUAAAACGGGAGCCAGUUUUUCAUUUGCCAUUGAUAGCAUCAAGGAGAAGCUGAAGGCCAAGCCAUUGCUAUUGCAGUUACCAGUAGGAGAGGCAAAAACCUUCCAAGGUUUGGUGGACCUGGUCACUAUGGAGACGAUCACGUGGAAUCCUGGGACCAAUGAGGAUGAUGGAAGGACGUUUUAUCGGACAUCUCUGACUGAAACACAUGAUCUAGAAUUACUGGAAAAUGCCAGCAAAGCAAGAAAUAUCCUAAUAGAACAAGUUGCAGAUCUAGAUGACGAGUUUGCUACUCUAAUCAUUGAGGAGUACAGUGAUAGUUUUCAUUUGAUACCCGUGGAAAAGUUACAGCUUGCGAUACGGAGAGUAACUCUGGCUCAGUCAGCGGUUCCAGUCCUUUGUGGAAGUGCUUUAAAGAAUAAAGGUGUUCAGCCACUCUUGGAUGCAGUUACUUUAUAUUUGCCAUCUCCAGACGAUUGUUCACAUGAUUUUGUGAAAUGGUACGAGAAUGACUUGUGUGCUUUAGCGUUUAAGGUUGUUCAUGACAAGCAGCGUGGUCCCCUGGUUUUUGUGCGGAUUUACUCUGGAACAAUGAAACCCCAGUCAGCAGUGCACAAUGUGAACCAGAACUGCACGGAAAGGAUGAGUCGUUUACUUCUGCCAUUUGCUGACCAGCAAGUGGAAAUCUCCUCUUUGUCCCCUGGAAAUAUUGCAUUGACAGUUGGACUAAAACAGACCGCUACAGGAGAUACCAUUGUUUCUUCGAAAGCAUCAGCAGCGGCUGCUUCCCGCAGGGCUGAAAGAGAUAGUGACCGAAAGAGCAAAGACCGCAAGGCACACAGCAGCCUUGUAUUGGCCAGCGUGGAAGUCCCAGAGCCAGUGUUUUUCUGUACUAUAGAACCUCCAUCUGUAGCUAGACAAUCAGAUUUGGAAAAUGCCUUAAAAUAUCUGCAGCGGGAAGAUCCAAGCUUAAAAGUGAAGAUAGAUCCUGAUUCUGGCCAAAUGAUUCUCUGUGGGAUGGGAGAACUGCACAUUGAGAUCAUCCAUGACCGUAUCAGGCGGGAAUACGGACUCCAGACGUACCUGGGCCCUCUGCAGGUUGCAUACAGAGAAACUAUACUGCGUCCGUCUAGUGCGUCAGACGCCUUGGAUAGAACAGUAGGUGAUACUCGCCAUCUGGUGGUGGUAGACCUGGAAGUUAAACCAAAUCCUGAUGCAGGCGCAGGCAUUAGUCCAGUUAUUGAGUAUGCAGAGAAUAUUCCAGACUCUCUACUUAAGGACUUCCAAGAAGCCAUACAAAACGGCAUUCAAAGCUCAUUCCUGCAAGGCCCUUUGCUCGGUUGUCCCAUCCAGGAUGUCGCCGUUGCUGUACUUGCAGUCAAUGUGCUUCCUGGUAGUUCCAUUACCAUGGUGUCUGCGUGUGUCUCCCGAUGCUUACAAAAGGCUCUGAAGAAAGCAGAAAAGCAGGUCCUGGAGCCUCUAAUGAAACUGGAGAUAACUCUGGGUGAAGAAUAUCUCAGUACCGUAUUGGGGGACUUGGCCCAAAGGAGGGGUAGCGUUCAGGAAAUUCAGAGCCGUUCUGAUAACAAAGUCAUCAUAGCAUCUGUACCUCUCGCUGAAAUGAUGGGAUACUCUACAGACCUGCGUUCCAUCACCUCCGGAUCAGCAACGUUUUCACUUGAACUUUCUAACUACGAAGCUAUGAACCCUCAUGAUCAGUAUACUUUGCUCAAGAAGAGAGGGUUUGCAUAACGCUCUGCGUGAAUGGGAUUCUGGGAAUUAGCAUAAAUGUUGUCAAUUUUUCUAUUAAAUAAAAUACAUUGUAAAUACCGGCUAUUGAAGUAACCUAGGU